AGAGACGUCGAUCACCACACUGCCUAUCUUGUGAACGGUUGCAAGCCGCUGUAUAGCUUACCUGCAAACGGAACCGAAUUCAGUCUUGGUUCGCAGGCCGCAGACGCUGAGAUCAAGAGCACAGAUGGCAGAAGAAGGAAAUGGCACGGAUAGCACUGAAAUACAAUCGGUAUGUGCAAGCCUACCCUUGGAUGAAGGAACAAACGUGGAGAAUGAGACAGUCGAAGACAAAGCCUACAUGCUGCUGAAUGAUGAUUGCACAACAAAUGCCAGGUUGAACAAUCAGCCGGCGGUUAUAGAUGUGAACAGAUCUAAUGCUAUACCUAUUCAACGUCCAGAACGACGGGCGUCUACAUCUGUAUGUGUGGGAGAUCAGAGCAUGACAUCUACUGAACUACCAUAUGCAUUACCGAUGAGUUGGCCACUUGCAGCAAACCAAAGUCUCCCUGCAAACCAAAGUCUCCCUGGUUUUGAGGCUUUGACCCAAUUAUCACCUAUGGAACAGUCUCUGUCAGUAGACCCUUUCUCUUCAUUGCAUUUUAGCUGGCCACUGGGAAAUGUUGUAAGCCGUGCUCUGUUCCAAUCGAUGCCGUGGAGGCAAGACCAACUACCAGCAUCUUACCAUCAGUAUAGAAGACCCAGAACAUUGUCUCUUAGUUCAACAGCUUCUGACAUGCUAUACAAUAUUGAGGAAGAACAAAAUUCAACGGAUACUGCAGUCAGUGAAAUGAUGAAUGGAGCUUACUCGAGUGCUGAGCAAAUAUACGAAGAAACUAAUAGCGAAACAUUGUCCUCAUCUGUUGCUCCAUUUAUCACAGUGCCAGAUGUGACAGAUACCUACGCUGAAGAGAUAGUAGAUACAUCUGACAUGUACAGCAUUGGUCAACAAAAAGAUGAGCCAACAAAUAUAUUACAGCAACCCCUUGAAAGACAGAUAGCUGCAGCAAACUUCUAUGUUGACCAGUCAAUAAAACUACAAGAACCCAGUAUUUCAGUUGAACGCCAACCUCCUCAUCAAUAUCGAGUUCGUUAUGAUAAAGAAACAUCAGGGACGCCAAAAGGGCUAUUGAAAGGUCAGGACAAAGAACCUACUGCCAUUCAAUUGGAGAAUGUUCCUCCGCAGACAGGAGACAUUCCUAUUGAUAUUACUGUCAGAACAACUUCUGAUAAGUUACAUCCGACUAUCUAUGCCACGUGUUUUGGUAAAUCGAUGCCUUCUGAUUGGUAUCAUAACAAAGAAACUGGGACUGUACAGACUGUUGUUAGGGAAGCUGACAGCUACCGAAAACAACUUGAUUUCCUCGCAGUUCGAAGGCGGAAAAAGGACAGUGUUGAUGUUAGCUCGGCUACACAGCAGGAACUGAAGAGUUUUCGAGUGAAAAUUCAAGCACUAAUUCCUUCAGCUCAAGGAAGGAAGCUCUCUGUCUCAGCUACCACACGUCUUGUGCAGGCUGUUUGUCCGAACAAAAUGACCAAACUUCGAAUGCAUCACAAAACGACCUGCGAUGGAUUUGCUGUGUCACCAGCCAAAAAGGUGAAACCAUAACGCAAGGGCAAACAUAUGAUAUCGUGAAUGGAAUAUCGUACACUAUAUCAAGUAUUUCUAUCAUCAAGUUGCGAUACCUAGUAACUACUAAGGAUGCUGACUGUAUACUGUGCCUCUUUGAAUGUAUGUGUAUCCUGACUUGUAUCCUGAAUUUUAACAAUUGUACGUACUGUAGCAUUAUUGAUCCUGCCAUCAUAGGUCAAUCUUUAUUAGUUACCUUAGUUUGAUACAUGUAACAUAAUAUCAAAAUGUUAUCUAUACUGCAUUUCCCCUUGCAGUGAUGACAAGUUUGGUU